AUGUCUCAGCUUCAGAUCCAGUCCAAGGGAAUUUACCUAGGCCUGCCCACGUUUCCGGACACGCAUCAAGGGUACACGGCUGUCGUGGCGGGCGCCAACGGUAUUUCGGGCCACCACAUGCUGCGUGUUCUAUGCGAGUCGCCAAACAGAUGGAAGAAAAUCUAUGCUGUUUGCCGACGACCUCCUAUAGGGGAGUGGCCAGUCCAUGUCGAACACGUCUCGCUGGAUCUCCUUCAACCGCCAGAAAUUCUAGCAGCGGAGUGCUCAAAGCGUGGAAUAAAACCUGAUUAUGCGUUCUUCUUCGCUUAUAUCCAGCCGAAGCCCAAAGAAGGCGAGGCUAUUUGGAGUGCUGUGGAUGAGUUGGUGAGAAUCAAUACACUGCUAUUAAGAAACUUCCCCGAGAUGUUCGCGUUGGCACAGACGGUCCCUAAGAGGGUUCUUCUUCAACUCGGGGCCAAGUAUUACGGCGUCCAUCUGGGGCCCUCGACAGUACCGCAGGAGGAAUCCGACCCUCGCGUUCUGAUCGAGCCGAAUUUCUAUUAUCCGCAGGAAGAUUACCUUGUCAACUUCGCUCAACAGCAUAACAUUGGAUGGAAUGUUAUCCGCCCUUCGUGGAUUCCUGGGGCUGUUCCUGAUGCUGCCAUGAACCUGUGUCUUCCUCUCGCAAUCUACGCUGUCGUGCAAAAGCAUCUCGGCAGGCCACUGGAAUAUCCAUCGGACCUGGUGGCUUGGGAAACGAAUCAGACCAUGUCAUCCGCAAUGAUGAAUGGCUAUUUGGGAGAAUGGGCACUCCUCACCGACCAGGCAAAGAACGAGAGCUUCAACGCCUCCGACGACUGCGCCUUCACCUGGGAGAAAUUCUGGCCUAGGCUAGCAAAGCGUUUCGACAUGGAAUGGAACGGUCCAGUGGACGAGCCAUCGCAAUACAAAGAGACUCAGACACAAUAUAACCCUCCCCCUCGGGGAUAUGGACCCCCGGCCACAGUGCGGACGCGAUUUACAUUGACAGACUGGGCGAAGCAGCCUGAGAUUCAAGAGGCCUGGAAGGACAUUGCGACAGAGAACGGGCUUACUGAUACAACUUUGGGCGAUAUUGACCGUAUCUUUGGAUUCACAGACGCUGCCCUUAGCAAUCCUUUUCCAAUUCAUUUCAGUACCGCGAAAGCCAAGAAGACGGGUUUCUUUGGCUUUGUCGAUUCGAGCGACUCUAUAUUCCAUGUUUUGCAAGACUUCGUAGCCCUCAAGAUGAUUCCGCCCCUCCCGGAGGAAUCGGCCUAGCGAGGAUCUGUUUUUUGAUUGCUUUUCAAGUGUUUGACUAUCCUGCGAGGAUGGCUUCAAAGAGACCGUUAUUAUAUACAAGAAUUGAAUGCCU